GGCUAGGUUCUGCCCCAUCACUUUGCACUUUGCCCCGCCUCGCAAUUAGCGCCCGCCCUCCAAAUGCACCUCAACUGCAGCUGCGAGCUCAAUUCCAUUGUGAGACUGAAGUGAGGCUGCGCUCUGAUUGCUGACCCAUACGUGCUUGUUUCUACUCUGCGACUAAGCCUCGAACCUCUAGAGCUCCCUCUUGCAUCUUCUUCUUUCUCAGUUCUCCACGUCGACUGUUGCAGGCCCCGGAGCAUCAGCUCACUUCUCACACAGCAGAUCAACAUGUCCUACUACCCAGGUCAAGGAUAUCAAGGAGGAGGCGGCGGUUACGGAUACGCUCCUCCUCCUGGACCUCCUCCUCCCCAGCAAGAAUACGGCGGUUAUUCUGGAGGCCAUCCUGGAGGUCAGAGAUAUCCUCCUCCGUCAUACCCUCCUCCUCCCGGCCUUGACGCAUACGGCUAUCGUCUCCCACAAGGCCAGCACCACUAUGCUGAGCACGCUCGAGCCGGUCCGCCUCCUCCAUCUACGCCCCAACAGUUCGGUCACGGAGCUCCCGAAGGCUAUACUUUCCAGUAUUCCAACUGUACCGGUCGUCGCAAGGCUCUUCUGAUUGGCAUCAACUACUUUAACCAGGAGGGAGAGCUUCGAGGCUGCAUCAACGAUGUACACAACGUGUCGGCCUUCCUUGUUGAGCGGUAUGGCUACAAGAGAGAGGACAUGGUCAUUCUGACCGAUGAUCAAUCCAACCCAGCCAUGAUUCCUACCCGCGAAAACAUGAUUCGCGCCAUGGGCUGGCUUGUGUCAAACGCACAGCCCAACGAUGCCCUGUUCCUCCACUACUCUGGUCACGGUGGUCAGGUCGAAGACUUGGAUGGCGAUGAAGAUGACGGAUACGACGAAUGCAUCUACCCUGUUGACCACACCGAAGCUGGUCCCAUCAUUGAUGAUGAAAUUCAUUUCCGUGUCGUGAAGCCCUUGGUACAGGGUGUUCGUCUCACUGCCAUUUUUGACUCGUGCCAUUCAGCCACGGUCAUGGAUCUCCCAUACGUCUACUCAACAAAGGGUGUUCUCAAAGAGCCCAACCUAGCCAAGGAAGCUGCAUCAGGCCUCUUUGACGCCUUCAGAGCAUACUCUAGUGGAGAUAUUGCGGGCGCUGCUGGUUCUGUUUUCGGCCUGGCAAAGACCGCCUUCCGAGGUGACGAUGCGUACGAGAAGACGAAGGACACGCGAACAUCGCCUGCCGAUGUUAUCAUGUGGUCAGGAAGCAAAGAUGACCAGACAUCAGCCGACGCCACUAUUAAUGCUCAGGCGACAGGCGCCAUGUCGUGGGCAUUCAUUUCAGCAAUCAAGGCAAAUCCUAAGCAGAGCUAUGUCGAAUUGCUCAACAGUAUUCGCGACAUUCUGGAGACAAAGUAUACCCAGAAGCCACAACUGUCGAGUAGCCAUCCGAUCGAUACUGACCUCUUGUUUAUUAUGUGAGGUAUUGGAGCUUGGACCACGAUGAUUCAAUACAGUGAGCAAAUGUAUCUGGCAGUGCAAGAUGCAAUGACUGGCGACACCAGCAUUUGAUGAUAACUUUGAUGAAUGAACGUAUGAGUGGAUGAACAUUGAAGGCGUCGCAGUGGAUGAUGGAUCUCACAGCAACAGGUGACACGACAUGCUUACCUACAAAAUAAACGGAGUUUGACUGUAUCGCAUUUUGAAAUCUCCAGUUGAACCAAAAAGGACCGCAAAAAGAGAUCAAUCGUAUCAUUUGUAUAGGAACAGCCCGAUGCGGGGGUCGAACCCGCAACCUUGAGAUGGU